GCUCCUCCAGUUGCUCUUCAGGCGCUGAGGAGGUACCAGGCAGCUAGAGGGCUCAUGAUGCAGAGGCAGCGCGCCAUGCAGGCGCUGAGGUCAGAGAAGGAGCACUUCACGUCGCUCAGCCCUGCGCCCACAUGCCUCGGCAACGGGACCCUCUGCGGGGACGAAGUGAUCGACCUGCCAGACCGCAUCUACGGAGAGAACCAGGGGGACGUGGUAUUCCCUUCUGAGCAGAUCGUCCCUUACAUGUACCGGGGCAACACAUACCAGCUGCGAAACAUGAUGGGCAACGUCGUGUACGGAGGUUAUCAGCCUCGCUACGCUCCCUACGUUCAGGUUGCUAAGGCGCCGACGACCAUGUUGGCGCAGAAGAAUCUCGGUGACGAGGAGAUGUUUGGAGACGAUGAAAGAGUUUCGGUCUCCAAGGUGACCUCGGAGAAUUCCUGGGCGAAGGCCGUCAACGGCAAGAAUCGCCUGGCGAGCGCAGUGAAGCUGAGGACUUCCAAGGAGCUCAAGAAGGUGCAGGGGAAGGCGAAGCUUCAGAGCAAGUUUCAGCAAGCGGUUUCUAGUGGGAUCAUCCGCGACAAGCUGAGACCUGAGAAGGACGUGGACGGGCUGCUGGACGACGUCGUCAAGGUCAGUGAAGACUUCGCUCAAGACACCCCCCGUUGGAACAAGUUCUUCUCUCCCCAGGCUGAGCCCAAGAUGCACACCACCCAUACUCCGAUCCUUGCAAGCAACCAUUCCCUUGGAGAUGAGACGAUCGACAGCAUGGACCAGGUCAACGUUGACAGCAACACCACCCACACGGGCAAGGACGGGGAGCUGAACUGGGAGAACUUCUUCUCCAACAAGCAGCAGGCCGGCUCUAAGGUUGCCGCACGUGCUGCACACGAGCCGGAGAGGUUCUACAAGAAGGGAAAGGGCGUUUACGUCGGGAUGUCCGCCUCAGGAGCCCGCAAUGACAUUGACUCGUACUGGAAGCAGCUGGACAAGGCGGAAGGGGUAGAGAAGAAGUGAAAAUCCAGCAGAAGAGGGAGGGGGCGAAUAGAAGUUGAAUGAUGUG